AUGGCCACCUCACUCCUCGACGCCGAGCAGGCGAAGGCGCUAUUCAACAUCCUCACUCAUUCCGAGACUUACCACGAGAUAGAAGACUUCAAGGAACCAGAAACGAUUUCCAAGUACGGCUACCCCUUCGCGGCGAUUACCCCCAAAGCUGGCGAGGCAGUCGUUUACGCCACCGAGUCAUCCACGCCUCUUCUCCAGUCUCUGUUCAACAAGUUCGUCCUCAGCUUACCGGGCGUAUCGUCUAUCUCAUCCGAUUUCUGGAAUGUUCGUGUUCAGGGGAUUUUGAAAAAGUUCGCCGAAGUCGACCUGUCGGAGAGCUACGAGAAAGGCUCGCUGGGUACUAGAAAGACCCUGGCCACCGCCUCCUCGACCAUUAUCGAAGCCGUGACGCGGGGUGUCAUUGGCGGCGGACCUAUCAGCGACCCAGCUACUCGGCCUAGCGAUUACAAUUUGCAAAAUGCUUCGGAUUUAUCGCGGGCCUGGGACGACGCCAUGCAUGGCCUCGUCUACGAGAACCUCUGCGACGAACUACUGGACUAUCUGGCUGAAACAGACGACUUUGAGUCUCACUCUCCAAUGACGAGGGCAGCGUGCGAAUACAUACUCAUUCACCUGGCAACACUAUGCCACCAGGUCCUCGUCAUCUCUCCAGAAGGCCAAUAUCUCGUCAAUCUGAUGGACAGUGUUCACAAAAUGGUCCCAUAUGGCAUGGUUCGUCAGACAUUGCGUGUCGGUAAUGCUGCGACAAUGAUUGCUGGUAUGAUGAAGAUCUUCUUGGCCAAGCUGAGUGUGGGCUCUGUCUCAAAUUGGGUUGGCCUCACCACGAAUGCCGCAGAUGGCCAGAACCUCCUCCAGAAGAUAAUCUCGGUAAUUCUCGGCUGGGAUUGCACUGACUUUAAAAAGACAGUCGACAAGAUAGCCAAAGCCAAGGACGGCCCAAGUAAAGGUGCCCUUGCUGCCAUCAAGGCUCAUUGCCAGGCUUCAAAGAGCGAGCGUGUGGCAGUUAGAGCGCAGAGCCUGCGCGAAUCAAAGUCCGUUGUUGCUGUCAUUCUUGAGAAGGAAAAUCCAGCGUUACUGGAAGACACCAGCGACUAUGAACACAAGCAGUGCCUCGACUAUUACGCUGCACUGCUUGCUAUUCGUGACCGAGAGGAAAUCAUCGCCGUCCUGUGCAAGCAAAGCCCGGACCUCCUCACGCAAGCAAUCCGCGACGCUGUUGCUGGCAUGGAUCCCAUUAUCCGGGCUGUUCAUAACAAGGUGGACUUGUCGGACCAUGUCAAGGACUACCAAACUUUCCUCGAACAACUCAUCGCUACUAGUAAACCGAAGAAAGCAAAGCCGAAGAGCGAGCACGAGUCGUUGCUACCCACUGUGGAAGAUUAUGUCCAGCUGCUCAAAAACAACAAACAAAUGCUGUACAAGUGGUUACACGCUGUCAGCAAAAACUGCCCAGAAGUUAUGGACCAGUUCAGGACAUGGGCAAAGGAUUCGCUGACGGUCUUUGACCGGCAAAGCAAUGGCGCCAGCAUCGACGAUAAACUCAAUGGAUUGUUUAGUCAGGUUCCGGACGAGACAAAAGCGAAGAUCAUUCCUGCCAUCGACGCUCAUGCGGCUUACUUGCGAGAGUUGAACAGCCUUUCGUCCACUAGAAUGCAAGCAAUCCUCGAGGGUAGCUCGUCAAGCAUGGCAGGACCAGGCGUUUAUCUCAUGCGCUGGCAGUCUCUCUUGGAUGAAACCUACAUCACGCCAUCAAUACCGAAAGGACCUAUAAGAUGCGGCAAAGACGUCAAAGGGAUUGUCGCACAGGGUAGCAGGAAGUCCGUUUCCAGUGAUGCGGGCGAGGCCAUUGCAGCCAUUCAAUCUGAGGCCUUAUCAACGUUACCAGAAGCUCCGGACGUACAGCCUGUCAUAGAGGCGUUGAUACCCCUGUUUAAGAAGAUGCUCACGACAACAAGCGAACGAAAAACGAACGGGACCAAUGGCCAUGCGCUGGCGGACUUAACACUGGCAAACUGGUAG